AUGCUCUUCCGCCCCUCAAUCUCAGCGGCGAUCCUGGGAGGACUUAGUCUUUUACCUACAGCUUACUGUUCUCCUGUCAUCUCAUCAUCAGAAAAAUAUCUCAACAAAAGAAUCUCAUUCGAUGGCUCUUCAAGUAUCACACUUGCUCUAAACACGGAUUUCCCGGACCCGGCAUUUGUGCAGCACACGGACGGCUCGUGGUAUGCCUUUGGCACCAAUGGAAAUGGGAAGAGAAUCCAAGUAGCUUAUUCGACCGAUUUUGAGUCUUGGAGUUUAUUGGAUGUUGAGGCGCUGCCUACGUUAUCGGGAUGGGAGACCGAGCCAGACCACUGGGCUCCUGAUGUAUUCCGGAGGUCCGACGGAAAAUACGUCAUGUACUACUCCGCCAUCGUCUCUUCCAACCCGAACCGGCACUGCAUCGGCGUCGCAAUAGCCGACAGCACCAACCCAGCGGGUCCCUACAUUCCAACCUCCACCAACCCACUCGCCUGCCCACUCGAGCAAGGCGGCGCAAUCGACGCCAGCGGGUUCCAAGACUCGGACGGGACACGCUACAUCCUCUACAAAGUCGACGGAAACAGCGUCGGCCAUGGUGGGGAUUGCAACAAUAGCGUUGAACCGCUCGCUGCAACGCCAAUUAUGCUUCAACGGGUUGCAGAAGAUGGGGUUACGCCGCUUGGUGAUGCUGUGCAGUUGAUUGAUAGGGAUGACUCGGAUGGACCUUUGGUUGAAGCGCCGUCAUUGGUGAGGGCGGAUGAUGGGACGUAUUUGUUGUUUUAUUCGACCCAUUGUUUUACGGAUGCCAAGUAUGAUGUGCGCGUUGCUACUGCGUCGAGUGUUGCCGGGCCGUACAGUAAGAAUGGUGUUUCCGUGUUGGCGUCGAAUGAUGAAUUGUACGGACCUGGCGGUGCGACGGUCUCGAAUGAUGGGAACAUGCUCUUCCAUGGUUGGUGCAAUGGGAAUAGUGUGAGAUGCAUGUAUGCUGCUCAAAUGGAUGUCAGUGGAGGAAGUCCGUUCGUUGAAUAG